UCCAAAUGAAGUUGUGCAAAUGAAGACAGACUAGCAGGCCUAUCGGCAUUGAUAUAUAAAAGGCCGCGCGCCAGCGGGGCCUCCCUCCUACCUGUAGAUACUUGCCGCCAUCCUCGCGAUGACUCUCUCGACACCGGUCUGCGUUGGCUUGGCCAUCCCCGUGCUAACUGCCGUUGCCUUUGGCUUGCGGCAGGCUUACCUGCGGUUUGUGGCCAAGACCACGGUGUUCAUUGACGAGCAUUAUGUAGCAGAGCAAGGCCCACGACGUGGCAAGUCGGCGGUGGUAUGCGGUGGUAGUUUCGCUGGAAUGGCGGCGGCCCGGGUGUUGCUGAACCACUUUGACCACGUCACUGUUUUGGAGAGUGAGGCCUUGGACGUUGGGAACACGGACUGGAAAAGUCCGAGGAAGAACAUCGUUCAAGCCAGUGCCCUCCACAUAUUGCAGCCAGCAGGGUUCCGGAUGCUGGAGCGCCUGUUUCCGGGCAUCCGUCAACGGUAUCUUGAACUUGGCGUCGCGCCAUUUAAUGUCGUUGAUGGCGUUUUCUCAGUCUGGGGCGGCGUGGUCAUGCGGCCCAAAGCUAAAGACGUGGACUCAGUCCUAGCCAGUCGAACGGCGUACGAGGCAAUCGUGCGCGCAAAGCUUUUGGAAUGCGAUCCAAAACGCUUGAACUUCAAAACAGCCGUAACUGUUCAAAAUCUCGUCAUUGAGAAUGGAAGGGUGCAAGGAGUGACAUGCUACAGCAAAGAUGAUCAAGGAACCUUUACGUUGAACGCUGAUCUCGUUGUAGAUGCGACCGGCAGAAGUUCCAAGGGUCGAAGAUGGUUGAAGGAUGCUGGCUACCCGGAAAUUCCUGAGGAAUCCUAUGAUCCCCAUAUUCAGUACGUAAACGCGAUCUACGAGAUGGCUGGUCCCCUUCCACCAUUCGUAGCGACUAUGCCACGCCCUGGUACCCAAGAUCGCGAUGCAAUCUUCAUGACAAAGAUGGAAAACAAUCUGUGUUAUGUGGCGACACAGAAAGUCGCUGACACUACCUCUGAGGGUCCAAAAACGGACGAAGAGGUUGACGCCAUCUUCGAGAGAGUUCAUGACUUAUGGCCUUUCUGGAAGGACUUGCGAAAGAAUAUUGGCCGUCGUGUUUCCGAUUUAAAAAAAGUCAGAGUUUCUCCGAGCCGCUUCGUUCGCUACGAUUUGAUCCGGAAUUGUGUCGGAUUUGUUGUUGUCGGUGAUGCUUUCUGCAGCUUCAAUCCCAUCUACGGACAGGGAAUGACGACAGCAGCAAUGGCGGCGGUCACUCUCUCGGGUGUUCUUCGGAGCAACACUCCUGACGCCGACAUCCCUACCGCAUUCCACAGCCUUCUCCAACAUCGUCUCCACAACAUCUGGUUGACGAACCAAGUUUCCGACCUCGCGUACGACAAUAUCGUUCCCUGUGUCGGGAAAUCCCGCACCGAUUCCGACAUCAAGUUUAUGUCAAGCUUCAGCGCCGGGCUGUUCAAGGCCGCGCAUAUCGACGUGCAUGCGGCAGCUGUUCUCUGUAGGUCUACCAGCUUGGUCGCUUGGCCCCAUGAGACUCUGCACCCUCAAGUUCUCUGGGCCUUCUUCAAAGCGCUUGUUCUCGGUGAAAAGUCUUCUCAGAAUUGGGAAUUCAGAGAUGGGCAAUUGGUCCAGGCCCCCAGCGCGUGAGUAUGACCUUCUGAACAUUCGUACAUAGCCGGACUAUGCUAGCGUAUGUUGCGUGGACCGUAUUUUGCUGUGUGCACAUUGUAAUCCCAUUAUGCCGCUCCCAUAUUUCAUUCAAUAGAACGUACUGUACUGUAUGCAUUCCUUUGUGCAGCGAGGCAGGCAUAGGAGGACAGAUAGGAGGCAUAAGAAGUUAUGAUAAGAGGCGUCCCAGCAACUACGACAACUUCGUA